AUGCAAAGACGCAACCGCAACAGUUCUGGUAAGAGAGGAGGCAUUCCAACAACUACCGGUGUACUACGUAAGCCGGACCCUGAAGGAUCCGGAGCACAUGUACCCGAAAAUCAAAAAGAUGGCGUUAGCAUUAACAAAAACGGCAGGGAAGUUGUGACCCUAUUUUCAGGCACAUCCGAUAGUGCAACAAACAACGUAUUGGAAUACGAAGCAUUAAUAGCAGGACUGGCACUAGCGGUUGAAGUAAGAACUGAGAACUUGAAGAUCCACUGCGAUUCACAAUUAGUUGUCGGACAAGUAGAUGGGACGUUCGCCAUGAAAGAAGAAAAUCUGUUAAAAUAUAAGAAAAGGGCGAAGGAGCUUCUACAAGAAAUUGAGAAGCGGGGAGGACAAUGCAGAUAA